AUGGCGACCAAGCUUACGGCGACAGCAUUUUUGAUGCUCCUCCUCACCUUUGGUGAGUCCAGCGACAGGGAAGAAAAUGGAUUCAGUGAAAGUGCUUAUGCUGUGCAUUGGGAUCCAGAUCGUGCCCCUUCAAAAGAAACUGGUUUUGGUGAAAGUGCUUAUGCGGUACAUUGGGAUCCAGAUCAUGCACCUUCAAAAGAAACUGGUUUUGGUGAAAGUGCUUAUGCGGUACAUUGGGAUCCAGAUCAUGCACCUUCAAAAGAAACUGGUUUUGGUGAAAGUGCUUAUGCCGUACAUUGGGAUCCAGAUCAUGCACCUUCAAAAGAAACUGGUUUUGGGGAAAGUGCUUAUGCUGUACAUUGGGAUCCAGAUCAUGCACCUUCAAAAGAAAAUGGGUUUGGUGCAAGUGCCUAUGCGGUACAUUGGGAUCCAGAUCAUGCACCUUCUGCUUCUGCCGUACCUCAAGCACAAGUCAAACGCCAGAAGAUAAAAGUUCAAACUGGCAUGUUGUUCUUGAAGAAGAAUCUGCGUGUUGGCACUGUACUGCCGCAAGGAACUAUGUUUGCACGAGCUGGUUCACCAAAGUCUGUCAAUGCUGUCUCUACUCCAUUGGAGUCAAAGUACUUGGCAACCAUCCUUUCACACUACAAGAUACCUCACGGCUCGAUAAAGGCAAAGCAGGUAGCGGACACCCUCCGUUCAUGCGGCAAACCAGCUGACAAGGAGGAGCCUCAUAUGUGCUUCUCAUCUCGUGAAGCAAUGGCCAGGUUCGCUACCAAAGCCUUAGGAGCCAGCGGCGGACGAGCAGCCAUUACAAGAAUUCAUGGGCAUGAGACUCCCAACUCCAUGUAUGUUGUGGCACAGAUCGCCCAGUUCAGCAAUAACGUGGUGGCAUGCCACCCUAUGGAUUUCCCGUAUGAGGUCUUCUAUUGCCACCGGCCGAAAGAGGUGCAGUCUUUGACGGUGCACCUCAAGGGCUUGGAAGAUGGGACAAUGGGCGUGACGGCAACAGCCAUGUGCCACAUGAACACAUCUGAUUGGGACGAGCAGUACUUUGAGCUAUUAGGCGGAGUGCGUGGUGAACCUAUUUGCCACUACAUGCCCACCAAUUACAUCAUGUUCUAUUAGAUAUAUUUAAAUUUCCUGAUAAGCGAUGUAAUCUUGUUAUCUGAUCAAUAAAGUGUGCUGAGUGGCCGGUUUUUUG